AUGGGAAAGGGCAGACGUCGCCACAGGUCCACGGCCAAACAGCGGAGGUCGCUGCCCGCCGUGCCGGCAACCGUUGACGACCUCCCCGACGAGCUCCUCGACCGGCUCCUCCUAUACCUCGGCUCGCCGCUCGACCUCAUCCGCGCUGCAGCCACCUGCAAGCGCUGGCGCCGCACCAUCGCCGACGAGGGCUUCCUCGGCCGCUCCUACGCUAUCCACGGCGCGCCGCGCGUCGCCGGCCACUACUACGUCACCGACACGCAGCCCCCGGACGUAACCGGAGUAUUGCGCUGGCCGCCGCAGAAGCCGGCAGCCUUCGUGCCCACGUCUCCGGCUGUCGUCGACGGCGGUCUCUUCUCCCUCGACUUCCUCUACGUCCCGCCGGAGGAGGCUGACCGCCCUCGCCGCAGGUACUACUACAAUUACCCCCGCCGUGUACGGCACAACCGGUGCAGGGAGAUCGUCGACAGCCGCGGCAGCCUCCUCCUCCUGACCAAUGGACCGCGGCGGGAGUCGAUACACCCGAGGCGCUGGUCACCUGACUUCAUCGUAUGCGAGUCUGUGUCACGGCGGUAUCAGGGUAUCGCGCGCCCGGCCGACCUCAGCCAUCUCCCACUCCUCGGCGCCUUCCUGCUCGAUGGCGGCGGCGGCGGCGAUACCAUGUCAAACUUCAGGGUGCUCUCCGUGCUCUACGAGCCCGACAGGUGGCGCUAUCAGUUCGGCACCCCACGGGCCUGCGUGUUUGCUCCAGGUAGCGACGGCGGGUGGCACCUAUGUUGGCACACCAUGGACGACGGCAAUGUCGACGUCCCGCUCAUGGAGACGAUCCACCUCGCCGGGCGAGCUGCCGGGAGGGUCUACUGGGGGAUCGAGGACGGCAACGUGCUCGUCCUCGACGAGAGCACGCUCAAGUUCUCGCUCCUCACGUUCCCGUCACAGAUGCGGGGCCCGUAUCGGAGGACCAGCUUCCGUGUCAUCGGCAGCGGCGUGGACGGCGAAGACAAGGCGGCGCGCGUCGUGCGCGUGGACGGCGAGGAGCUCGAGGUCUUCGGCCAGCUCCCGGACUUCGGCGAGUGGGUGAUGGAGAAGAGCAUCAGGCUGAGGGACGCGACCGCGGGGCUGCCCGGCGGCCGGGACUACCGGUUCUUUCGGCUGCCGGCGAGGAUCGUCACUGCAGGCAACACGUUCGUGGUGUUGACGCCGGCGGAGAAAACCUGGCUCUUCUCCGUGGAGCUGGAGACCAUGGAGGUGGAGCGCGAGCACGUGAGGAACCGGCACAUCGGGGCGUCGUACCCGUGCACGCUGCCAUGGCCUCCCGUUCUGCAAGCUUGCCUACAUCGCGGUGACGACGUCGUUGGUAAGAGAAGAAGGCAACGCCGCAAAGGAUGGUAG